GGGUAAUCGGGUUCUUUUGAACCAGAAGGGUAAGCCAGCCAUUGUUUCGCUUCGGCGAGGGUUUCUUCCACCAAGAACCACAAAACCACUGAACCUGAAAUCUGAUUCCGAGAAUCGGUGCCUAUACUAUCUCAUGUGAAAAUCGUGAAAGAAAAGGGAUUUCGGAUCUAGACCAACAAAAUUCUGACAGAAAAAUCAAGUGAUUUCCCGGAAAUGGGAUCCGAGGUUCCGAUAGAAAUCGUGGAAGAAGACGGAUUCGAUUGGGAAGCAGCAGUCAAAGAAAUCGACUUGGCUUGCCUGAAACGAGUCUCAAACGCUUCUUCCUCUUCUUCUUCUUGGACCCAUUUCGAUCCUUCCGCUCAUCAACCAAUUACAAAGGACAAUCACAAACCUCCUCCGCCGGAGAAUCAAGUUGUUUCCGAACCGAGUUUCGAUGAAUUCGAGUGUGGUAAUAACGACAAGAGCCCCUGCGUUGGGAUUGAUCCUGAGACAGCAAAAACUUGGAUUUACCCAGUGAAUGUUCCCUUAAGAGAUUAUCAGUUUGCUAUAACGAAGACUGCUUUGUUUUCAAACACACUGGUGGCUUUGCCUACGGGACUUGGUAAAACGCUUAUAGCUGCAGUUGUAAUGUAUAAUUACUUCAGAUGGUUUCCCGAAGGUAAAAUCGUCUUUGCGGCACCGUCUCGGCCUCUUGUGAUGCAGCGGAUUGAGGCAUGUCAUAAUAUCGUGGGGAUACCACAAGAAUGGACUAUUGACUUAACGGGUCAGACAUGCCCUUCGAAAAGAGCCUUCUUGUGGAAAAGCAAGCGUGUUUUCUUUGUCACUCCACAAGUGCUAGAGAAAGAUAUACAGUCAGGAACGUGUCUUACUAAUUACUUGGUUUGCUUGGUGGUCGACGAGGCCCAUCGAGCUUUAGGGAAUUAUUCUUAUUCUGUUGUAGUUCGUGAGUUGAUGGCGGUUCCAGUACAGUUGAGAAUAUUGGCCCUUACUGCAACUCCUGGAUCAAAGACGCAGGGAAUUCAGGGUAUCAUUGAUAAUUUGCAGAUAUCAACACUCGAAUAUCGAAAUGAGAGUGACCAUGAUGUUUGCCCUUAUGUCCACGACAGAAAAGUAGAACUAAUCGAGGUUCCCUUGGGAAAAGAUGCAGAUGAGGUAUCUAAACGUCUGUUAGAUGUUAUACGUCCAUAUGCAUCUAGGCUUAAAAACUUCGGGGUUAGUCUAAGAAGGGAUUAUCAAACUUUAAGUCCACACGAGUUACUUAUGGCAAGGGAUAAGUUUCGUGAAGCACCUCUACCAGGCAUUCCCCAUAUAAGUCAUGGAGAUGUAGAAUCUUGCUUUGCAGCUCUUAUCACUCUUUAUCACAUUCGUAAGCUCCUUUCUAGUCAUGGAAUAAGGCCAGCUUAUGAGAUGCUAGAAGAGAAAUUGCAGCAAGGGCCAUUUGCUAGGUUGAUGAGUAAGAAUGAAGAUAUAAGGAUGACGAAGCUUCUGAUGCAGCAAAGGUUGUCGAACGGAGCACCAAGCCCAAAGUUGUCGAAGAUGUUGGAAAUACUUGUUGAUCAUUACAAAAUGAAAGAUCCAAGGACAUCACGGGUCAUUAUUUUCUCAAAUUUCAGAGGAAGCGUAAGAGACAUAAUGGACGCAUUAAGUAAUAUUAGCGAUGUGGUCAAAGCAACUGAGUUUAUUGGUCAAAGUUCAGGUAAGACGCUGAAAGGGCAGUCGCAAAAGGUUCAGCAGGCUGUCUUAGAGAAAUUUAGAUCUGGUGGGUUCAAUGUUAUUGUUGCAACAUCUAUUGGGGAAGAAGGCUUGGAUAUCAUGGAAGUCGACCUAGUUAUAUGUUUUGACGCCAAUGUAUCCCCUCUGAGGAUGAUUCAACGCAUGGGAAGAACAGGAAGGAAAAACAAUGGGUCAGAAAAGAACAGCUACAUGCGGAAGCAAGCAAAUGGCCGGGCCAUUAAAAAACACAUGCGGAAUGGAGGAAUGAAUAGUUUUAAUUUUCAUCCUAGUCCAAGGAUGAUUCCCCAUGUUUAUAAACCUGAAGUUCAGCAUGUUAAGUUUUCAAUCGAGCAAUUCAUUCCACGUGGAAAGAAAUUACAAGAUGAACCUGCCAUUGAGACUCCAGCUUUCAAGAAAAAGCUUACACUUGCAGAGACAGAUAUGCUCGCCAAGUAUUACGUACCCAGUGAGGAAAAGUUGAGAGUGUCCUUGAUCGCGUUCCCUCACUUCCAGACAUUGCCAUCUAAAGUGCACAAAGUAUUGCAUUCACGUCAAACGAGCAUGUUAAUUGAUGCUAUGCAGCAUUUGCAAGAUACAACUUUUUCAGAGGAAAGUAAAAGUUUCUUCACUGAGUUUGGAGCUCCUGUGGGUGAAAGAGAGGAGUUUGACACGGGUCUGAGGGUUCGUGAUGAUCCGAAAGAUUUACCCUCUUUCGGUGAUUUGGAAGCCAACACAUCACAGAGAAAGGCAAAACAAGUUGUUGAAUCUCCCACAAGCACGUUAGAAGCAACAGAGAAAGAUUUCGAAGAAUCUUCACCCACGCACAAUUAUCUUUUCAGCUCAGAAUGUGCAUCCGUUGAUACUCUAGGGAAGGUCUUCGUAAUGCCGAUUCCUAUUUUUUUCUCUUCUAAUGUACCAGGGUCAGACUAUAUGCGUUUGGCUGAAACAGAAAAACAACAUUCUUCCCCGAAGAGAUCCCACAUUGACUUUGUUCGGAUAGAUGCUUCCACAAAACAUCGGCAAGAUAAUAUUUCGUGCAACUUAAAGCAAGGAUUCUCACUAGAGACUCAAAGCCUUGUGGAAAGGCAUUCUAAUGGUGUAGAAAAAGGAGAUGUCGAUAACUGUGUUGGAGAAAUUAUGUUAUCAUCAGAUGAAGAUGGCUGUGAGGACUUGGAGCUUAGUCCAAGGCUCACUAACUUCAUCAAGAGUGGUGUUGUUCCAGAUUCACCUGUCUAUGACCAAGGAAUUGCAAAUGAAGCGAAUAGAGAAGAAGACCUUGAUUUUCCUAAGAUUUCUUCUCCCAUGAGGUUCAGUAAUGAAUUGGCAGAAGUGCCUUCUAGCCCUGAGGCAAACGUUCAACAUAAAUGCAGCGGUGCUCACAUUACUUCUACGAACAAUGAAUUCACAACUCCUCAGAAGGAGGAAAGUUUGGCCAACGGAACAGAAUGCUUAGCUGCUUCACCCAUUCAUGAGGAGUGGAGAACUCCCUUGGCAAAUCUCACAAACACAAACAGCAGCGCUAAUUGGCGGGUGAGUUCCGGAGAAAAGUCAGAAUCUCUUCGACAACCACGCAAGUUGAAGAGACUACGUAGACUUGGAGAUUGCUCGAGUGCUAUAAAGGAGAACAAUCCUGGUAUUGCAAAGGCAGACCAUAUCAGAUCUCGUUCUCGCAGUGAUAAGCACAUUAGAGGUAAGAGGAAGAAGAGCGUGGAUAAUGAUGCGCGAAUCUUCAUUGAUGCGGAAGCUGAGGUCUCUUCGGAAGCAGAAAUGUCUGCUGAUGAGAACGAAAAUUUGACCAACGAUUCAUUCGACGAUAGUUUCAUAGAUGACGGGACAAUGCCAACAGCAAAUACUCAAGCCGAGUCUGGUAAAGUAGACAUGAUGGCCAUUUACAGACGCUCUCUACUCAGCCAAUCACCAUUGCCGGCGAGAUUUCGUGAUGUACCCGGAUCAAGGCCGAGUCCAUAUUCUUCUGGCCCCUUGAAGACAAUAAAUGAGAGCAGAAGCGAUUCAGAUAACUCAUUAUCUUCUCUUAGAACACCACAGACAACAAACUCUGAGUCAGACAAGGAUGCAAUGGUCACAGGAGACUUAUCGGUAGUACAAAUCUCAGAAGAUAGCCGGAAAAGGAAGUUCAGCUUAUGCAACUUCGGGAAUGUCCCAGUGAUUAACUUAGAAAACAAGUUUGCAGCUCAUGAACAAACCAUAGAGAAGGAAACCCAUGAAGGUGUGAGAAGCAAUGGAGGUGCAUUGGAGUACAAUGAUGAUGAUGAUGACGAUGAUGCAUUCUACGCGACACUAGACUUUGAUGCCAUGGAAGCGCAGGCGACAUUAUUAUUGUCAAAACAGAGGACAGAGGCAAAAGAGAAGGAAGAUGCAACGGUUAUACCUCAUCCGGGCAAUCAUAGGAGUGAUAGUGUGGAGAAAGAUGCACCAUCUUUUGAUCUUGGUUUGUGGUGAUUCUUCUGUUACUAAGUUAUAUGUAUAGAUUGACAUUUGGAUGUUUUGUGUAUUAAGUUUAUAUAUAUAUAUCUCAAUGAAAUCAAUAACAAAAGUAAUUAAGCCAUAUCGCAAAUCAAAGUUGAAAGCCUCUAAUGGUCGGAUACUUUAUACUUUAUAAUUUUGUUUUUAAAUUA